AUGCGGGGGAUCGAGCGCUUCGGGCGCCCCUUCUUCGCAUCGCCCGUGACCAAAGAGCUGAUCCGUCUCCGGUCCCCUGACAUCCCGCCCAGCAACAUCAUCGCCUUGGACUACGACCGGCCGUACCAGCUCAACCGCCGGCUGUGCGUCACCAUGACCAACUCGGGCCAUUGCCCCGGAUCGUCGGCCUUCACCUUCGAAGGACCCUCCGGCAACGUCCUGCACACCGGCGACGCGAGGUGGGAGGCGCCCACCAUCGCCAAGCUACCGCCCCGCCUCUCGGAACGGCCCGGCUACGUCGACCGGAUCUUCCUGGACGCCACGUUCGGCGGCAGGGACGUGCUGCUGGACUCCUUUCCCAGCCGAGGCGAUAGCGCGGACCUCGCCCGCCGCGCCAUCUACUCGCACUCUAUGCAGACCCACCCCCACGUCGACGUCGCAGCCACCAUGCUCGGCACCGAACCCCUCGUGCGCGACCUCUGCGACUACUUCGCGGUGGAGCUCUACUGCGACCCGUCCCUUCGUGAGAGGCGCGCCCAGCUAGAGAUCGCCCUCGGAGAACAGUGGCUCAUCGACGAUCCCUCCGCGACAUUCAUUCGACUCUGGGACCCCAGACGACGCCCCUCGCGGACGGACGCGGUGUCCCUGCAACCCUCCACGCAAUUCUUCACCGUCAGGCCCGGCGCGCCCCACCUGCGCCAGCUGAUCGAGCCGGGCCUCGUCAGGGAUCGGGCGGACGGCUCCUUCCGCUUCCUGAUGGGCCUCCGCUUCGUCAAGACGAUCCGCACCCCCGGCUCCUCCAUUUUCUACUCUCUCAGAGCGGAGGAGAGCCUUCCAGUCUUCACCGCUCACUACAGGCUGGCGUAUGAUGCGCGCCUGAUAGGACGUUGCGUCAUCGGUGCCGACUUCGAGAUCCUCCGAGACGACGGUCCCGUCGCCGUCGGGGAGGACCCCAGGUGCUUCACCUUCGCGGGCAGGUCGUACGUCACGGACAACUCGUGGGGCUCUUGCGCGCUCCUGGACGAGUGGGACGGCUACCGCAGGGAGAGGCUGCCGUCCGACGGCAAGAACUACACCAUGGUGCCCCUGGAGGACGCGGGGCGCCUCCUGUGCAUCGAGUGGCUGUCGCCGCUGACCGUGUGGGAGAGGGGAGCCGGCGGCGGAGACUGGCGCAGAGUGUGGAGUGCGAAGGGGGCCGGGGACGCAUCCCUCAGGGGUGGGACGCCGGGGUACCCCAUCGGAGACGGCCGCUUCUUCGGCUUCGGGCACGGGACGCUGGGCGCCGGAAGGGACGUGCGGCACGCGCCGUUCUACUGGGAGCUGGAUCUGCGGGGCGAGACGCCCGCCCUCGCCACCCAGCCCCUCCCCCGCUUCGGAUCGGCCAUCGUCGACCCCACGUGCGUGGUCGAGAGGGGCGGGAGACGGUACCUGAUCACCGCCGAGAGCGACCGGCCGUGGUUCGUGAAGCAGUCGUACCGCACGAACGUUUACGAGCUGCUCGGCCAGGAGCGGGAGCAAUCGCAGCGCUCGCCGACGGUGCGAUAG